GUGUGAAAGUGUCCGGUGUAUCUGGAUCCUGUAUCUGGGUGACGUGCACAGAACAGGUACGCGCAGUUCACAGUGCGUAAAUCACCGCGUUACUUGCGUUAGUAGCGUGAGUUGUGAUUGGAUGAGAGACGCUUGCGCUUAUGCUGAUUGGCUGAUCUGUUUUAGAGGCGUGUCCGCAGGUGAGCGCUGCACUGUCAGGUAAACAGGUGAACACACAGGGAAGUGAACAAGACAAACUGACAGAAGUGUAACCGAAAGGAAAAUCUCACAUUGGAUCUUAUUGUAUUUUUGCAGUGAUAGACAGAUGAGGACGGAAUGACCACACUGACGAAGCGAAACCGUCGUGUGGAGGCUCCGGUGGAGAGUUGGAGUAGCGCCGAGGAGAAGGAGGACAGAAGAGAUGUGAACUCUGAUGAAGAGAAGGACACAGACUCCAAAUCACUGAGACUCACAUUGAUGGAGGAGAUUCUGCUGCUGGGACUCAAAGACAAAGAGGGCUACACUUCGUUCUGGAAUGACAGCAUCUCAUCAGGGUUGCGCGGCUGCCUGCUGGUGGAGUUGACGCUGCGGGGUCGCAUUUAUCUUGAACCUCAGAGUACACGCAAAAGAAAACUUCUCGACAGGAAGGUGUUGUUUAAGUCAGCUGCUCCUACAGGUGACGUGCUGCUCGAUGAAGCUUUGAAACAUAUUAAGAACACUGAGCCGCCAGAGAAUGUGGCCAGCUGGAUUGAGCUUCUCACAGGUGAGACGUGGAACCCCCUUAAGUUGAACUUCCAAAUCCGUAAUGUUCGCGAGCGUUUAGCUAAGAAUCUGGUGGAGAAAGGCGUCCUGACGACAGAGAAGCAGAACUUCCUGUUGUUUGACAUGACAACACACCCGUUAACGGAGAGCAACGAGAAGGAGCGUCUGGUGCAGCGUCUGCAGGACAGUCUUCUCGAUCGUUGGACGAAUGAUUCCCGCCGUAUGAGCCACCGUAUGCUCGCGCUGAUCGUGCUGGCUCACGCCUCUGAUGUGCUAGAAAACGUGCUUAUGUCACUUCCGGACGACAGGUACGAAAUCGCCUCCACGCGGUCCCGCAGACUGCUAGAAGCUGACCCCGACCAGGAGAGCGCAAAGGUAAUGACCCCAGCGGAGGAGAUGAUCUGGGCCGUUCUGGCGGCUUUUAACAAAUCCUGAGAGAACAAGAACUGAUCGGUUUUCAUAAACUCACUAGCGACCUCUCUCGGCAGCUUCUGGAACUGCAGCUGAGACAGAUGGGAAAAUGGUUGAGGGUAAAAGCUGUUUGAAACAAACCCGUUUUUAAUCAGUCAGAUUAGGUGCCAUGUUAUUGUAAGAAACACACUUCACUCUCAUGAUGUUUAUUUGCACAUCAACACAUCAUAGAUCUGUCCGUUGCAUCAAAGUAUGUCUGCGGCAUGAACACAGUUGCUCCAAAACCUAGUGAGCUGGGCAGUUGGCAUGAAGUAUUUUUGGGUAGUUGAAAUGUCCUAAUGUGUGACGCAUCUAAAAAGCAUUUUGUUCAUUCUUUCAAAGUUGUUAGGGUUAAGGCAUAUACAUUAGGUACAUGCGUUUAUCUAAAGUGACUAACAGUGCAUUUAAACUACAUAUUAUAUAAGUAUCUGUGUGUUUAUUUUAGGACCUAAUAUAUACAUAUACUGUUAUACAUUCAUAUACAUUUUAACCAAAAAUCUUAAAGCCCAAAGAAGCCCAGCCUUGCUCUCUACUCUCUUCAUAGGCAGCUACCUUCCAAGGCAGCAUCCUAAUUGAAAUAGAGCCUCAUAAGUGGCCGGUUUUGAACACUUUAAAUUGGCAAUAACUUUCUGCACCACACAAAUAGCGCUCCUCACAUGAAUCGACUUGCAUGUGAUUCCGACAGAGUUUUGUGUUAGCAUGUUGCUACCUGCUCUUUGGAACUACGGAGCCCCUUAGAAGAUAGACAGGGAAUUUAUGAUCUUGUAAUUAUUGUGGGUUCCCUCGCAAUUAGGGUUGCCAACUUUCUACCAGCCAAAGAAAAUUUUCCCCCAGCGGGGCUCCAGCGUGAGACGUUGUGCAAGGGUUGAACUAGAGCUUUUUUACAUAGGAAAACAAUUGAAAAACAGUGCCGACAGAUGCAAAAAUGCAAUCGGUGUGAACGGGCCGCUAAUACACUCAAAGGGUGCUGUAAAUGAUUUCAGCCAUUCUACUUCCACGAGACUGAGCCGUUGGAUUAGCCACGCCCCCUCUUUCCAAAACCCGCACUCCAAAAAUAACAAAUUAGUUUUAUUGAGACCAACAUCAUGCAGAAAAAGUUGUUAAAAACAACAGCAGCAAAAUAGCACCCUCAACUGGAAACUGUUAUGAACAACAUGGCAUAAAAAUGGCAUUAAGCCUCAAUGCAGAUAUAUAUAAUUUUUUCUGUGUACACAAAACGUAUUUUGAGGCAAACCUAAACCUAACAAUUAAUUGUAACACCUUACCCACAUCCAAAAAGCCUUGUUUUAUAGCACGGAAGAAAGAGAAACAUUCUGAUUUUUAAUGUGCUUUUGUAAGAUUUUGAGAUAUACUUCCAUGUUUUGAUUGUGAGAUUUUUCCUCAUUUUAACCCCAAACCCCAAACCCCAAACCUAAACAUAAAGUGGAAGCCCUUACCAUGUUUAUAAUUGGUACAAAACCAUGUUUUGUGUACCACGGAAGAAAGGAAAUAUCAGGGUUUAGAACGAGACGAGGGAAGUGUAUGUGAAGCGUACUGUAUAUGAUGUUUUAAAAUACUGUCUAGGUAGGUAGCUCACUAGGUUUUGGAACACAGCUCGUGUGUCGUCAGUUUUUGUGCUAGUUCAACAUUCUUUUUGUUUUCUUUUUUUUAAUUUUCUCCCCAAUUUGGAAUGCCCAGUUCCCAAUGCGCUCUAAGUCCUCAUAGUGGUGUAGUGACUCGCCUCAAUCCGGGUGGCGGAGGACGAAUCUCAGUUGCCUCCGCGUCUGAGACCGUCAAUCUGCGCAUCUUAUCACGUGGCUUGUUGAGCGCGUUACUGCGGAGACAUAGCGCAUGUGGAGGCUUCACGCUAUUCUCCACGGCAUCCACACACAACUCGCCACACGCCCCACUGAGAGCGAAACACAUUAUAGUGACCACGAGGAGGUUACCCCAUGUGACUCUACCCUCCCUAGCAACCGGGCCAAUUUGGUUGCUUAGGAGAUCUGGCUGGAGUCACUCAGCACGCCCUGGAUUCGAACUAGUGACUCCAGGCGUCUUUACUCACUGAGCUACCCAAGCCCCCCCAGAGUUCAACAUUCUUCUAGUUUGAUGACGACGUGUGUCGUAUGAAAUCAGCUGUUCACUUCUUCAUAUCCUGUGUUACAGCUUUUAAACAUUGUGUCACUAUGACAAAAGCCUUUUGUGUCGCUCAAUGUUUUUUUCAUGUACCAGCAGUAGUACGAAAGAUCAAAAGUGAUUAUUCAUGAAAACACAACGCAGGACAAAAGAUUAGACCCAAGACAGUAAUAAUGUAUUCUCUAAAUUAUAUUGAAGAAAUGUUCUGAAAUGAUUUUCUGUGGAAGCAAAUGCAACGUCCCAUUAAUUAUACAAGGUUAAAGUUAAUAACUGCAAUGUAUGUUUUUCUCAAUAUUUAUAUUUUAAAUGAAUUUGGCCGUUCUUCUUUGCAGAUUGUUAGUUGUAGCCAACCAUAUUUACUUUUAUUUCUUUCUUUACAGGUAAAUAAAAAAAUACUCUGCAUAAUUUCUACAAAAUAGUGUAAAUUCUCAGUUCUUUCAACACUCUUGCUGUCAUAUGAACAGAUCUGUGAUGUUUCCAGAGCUUUGCUGAAUGUGUUUGUAGACAGUUUGUCUUUGAUAAACGACCUUCUCUGAUAAGGAAAACCUUGACAAAACUUCUCUCCUACGGAUGUGACACCAAAAUGACACCUUGUGGGAGUGGGAACCACCAAAUAAUGUUUAUGAUAUUUGCACCCAUUAUAGUUCAGUUGCUGUAAAUAAGAGCCAUAUGGGACGUGUCUCUGUAUGAUGAAGAGUCUGAGAGACGACUGUAGACGAUUUAGAAACUCCUUUAUAAGCGUUCUGGGAUCAUUUGGAUGACUUUUCUUCAGUUAAACACAAGAAUAAUCUCCUUGAUUAACUGGACAGCAGAAAAUGCUUGAUCAAUGCAAUAAAUGCAAAAUGUGUUGUGUGUAAAAACAAUUUUGGGGCAUAAUUAACUGGAGGCAAACAUCAAAUAAAAUUAGCCCUUAAAACACAAAUACAAGACCAAAAAAUAAAAUAAAAACGAGAAAAAUCCACCUCGCUCUAGAGAGUACAUGUGUGUGUUGGUUUAAACCAUAGCCAUAUGUUUUACAGUUGUUUGUGAUAACUGGAUAAUGAAUUUUGAAAUCAUUUUAGAGAGAUAGCACAUAGAGCGAUUUCUAGUUGAUGAGAUAUUUUAAAGUGGAGUAUAAGUAUAAAGAUUUAUAUUCAUCCAUGACUUUUCCAGGCCUGAAAAUCUUUCAGUCAUGGGGUUUCCGACUUCUCUUUUCUUUUCUUUUUUUGGGGGGGG